AUGCUAAUGGAAAUGAACACAGAUAACGUAAGAGAAGCAUCAGUAGUAUACUCAGCUUGGAGUGUAGCUGAUGACCUAAUCCUUUAUGGAGAUCAAGUAUGGGGAAGACCAACUUCGUUGAUUCCGACAUCAAGCGGAAAGGUGGUCUACACUCACUACACUCAUAUGCAGACCAAAGAAAAUACUGCCGCCGACCAAUACACAAUGGUAGUAAAGAAAACGCUACCUUCAUCAAAUUCUAUUGCUGAAGCCUCUGUAAACCUCCAUUCGCUUUGA